GCCGUCCCUUUCAACCACUUCCAUCAGUCGAACUACCCAGACAACUCAGACUACCUGGAGUUUCGAAAACUCCAGCAGCGUGAUGGAGCUCUCGCCGUACGAGAUUCUUCGCCUGCCUCGCGAUGUCGCGGUCCCUCUGCUUGCCGGGAUGGCCGAUGAGCUACGGGCAUUACGACAGAUGAAUGUGAGUAUCGCCGCCGACCAUGCAGGAUAUGAGGUUACCGUGGCGGAGCUAAAGCGGGAAAGAGACGACCUCAAGAGACAGCUAUCUGCUUUGUUGAAAAAGGCGGAGGAAAAUCUUGCGGUUAGCGUCGAAAGAGUGCCCACCUUUGGCUUUGUAUAUGCAGACCACAGAGAGCUUGAACAACGACUACAACAGAAGGAAGAUGAACUGGCGCAUUUGAAGACGAAAAUCGACGCUUACGAGAAGAAAAACGAACGUCACGAGGAGGUUCCAAGCUCUCAUGGAAAUGGACCUGCUCUCAUCACUCAAGGCAUCGAACGUAUGCAAAUAGACCUUGAUAGUGCCAUGCUCACUGAUGCUGUUGACGAUCGCUCAAUGGCGGGUCCGUCAAAGCGGCAUCGACCGAAAAAAUAUAGAGGUCAAAACCAAGGGAAAUGGAGAUCCGCUCCGGAAGAAGGUAUAAAAGUGUUUCUCCAGUUGCGCAAAAGCUGUCGUGGGGGCUCGUCCUGGCCGACAUAUGAAACCGUCAUGCCUUAUGCGCAAACGGCUGAAUUCGUCCCACCGGAGCUUCCAAGAUCUCGCAAACUGCUCCAUCUCAGCGGCCUCUCGUUCGUUUUGGGCGAUGAUCAUAAUAUCGCGAAUAUCCUGCUCAUUGAACCUGAUCAACGUGUCGACGGCUCUGUGAGAAGAGAUACAACGAAAAGAGCUGUCAAACUCCGCCAGCACAAGGAGUUGUUGGUGCAGUCCAAUACGCAACUCUGGCAUUACUGGGGUCGAUAUGAAUGCAUAUCGGUCAGUCAUCUUUCUACCAGAAGCGAUAUCCUUCAAGCGAAGUUGAGUCCCCAUCAAAUGGAGCACCUUUACGAACAGUCAACUCUCACGCCCAGUGGCAGCUCCAUCACCCCCGAGACAAAGCAGAAGAUAAUCACUUGGUACCAAGACGGUACUUUGAAGGUCCGAUGCCUCGCUCUCCGCAGGGUAGCCUUCAGCGUGUCUCUAGAUCGGGAACUGCGAUCCUACUACAACUCGUCAUCUUUGCCUCUCACAAACAGUAUAGGUACCAGUCAGAAGAGAGGCAUAGAAUAUUUAGACGAGGAAGACGAUCAUGGUCGCGCUACGGAGACCAUGGGUGCCAAUAAGCGGCGGAAAAGUAGUGGGUCCGACAUGUCGUUGAGUAGCUAGUUUCGAGAGCGACAAGCGAGAUUGGUCUCCUGAACUGAGUUGCGCUCUCAUGAUUUCGUAUGUAUCGCUUCGGGCCUCAGGACGUCGCCUCAGGACCUCGAAGCGUGUGGCGUCCAAGGGCUUCUGGGUGUGGCGUCACAGGUCCUCUUUUGCCAC